AUGUCAGAGCAGGAGAGUGAAGCAAGUGUCCCUCCCGAGUCAGAGGAGAAUCAAGCAGUACCAGAACUUGAAGAGAAUCAGGAUGAAACACGGAAUGAGGAACACAAGGAUGACGCAUUAUCGGUGUCAGAGGACCAAGGACAGCCAGGAACCGAGACUGAAGCCUUACCAGGAGUGAGCACAUCAGAGGACCAAGGAGAAGCAGAGACAAAGGAUGAACUCUUACCAGAAGUAAGCACCUCUGUGGACCAAGGAGAACAAGGGAGCAAGGAUGAACUCGUACAAGGAGUGAGCAUCUCAGAGGACCAAGGGGAAGCAAGGACCGAGGAUGAAACCUUAUCAGGAAUAAGCACCUUUGUGGACGAAGGAGAAACAGGGAACAAGGAUGAACCUUUACCAGUAAUAAGCACCUCUGAGAACCAAGGAAAACCUGGGACCGAGGAUGAACAAUUACCAAGUGUAAGCACUGCAGAGAACCAAGGAGAAACAGGGAAUGAUGAUUUGACUGAACCUGAAGUAAACAUCCCAGAGGCUCAAAGAGAACCAGGGAAUAACGAUGAACCCUUACCAGCAAUAAGUGCUUCUGAGGACGAAGGAGGACAAGGGACCGAAGAGGAAACAGCCAAUGAGAUCAUUUCAGAAAUAAAGAAUUUUGAUGACCAAGGAGCGUCAGGGAUUAACGAGGACCAGGAAAAGGAGAACUUAGAAGGAGUAAAGCCUUCAGAUGGAGAAACAGGAGCCGUUGAGGAGCAAGUUAAUAGCGCUGGACCAGAUGAACAACAGGUUCCUGAAGAUGAUGCACAACCAACUGCAACAAUUAAGCUUCUGUUGAUGCCUGGGGGUCACAUAAUGACCGCGACCUUGGCCAUUGGUCUUAGCGUCCAGGAGCUGAAGCAUCACUUUGCCACCGAGCUCAACGUCCCUGCAGGGGCCCUGAGUCUUUCUUUGAAUGGGCAAGAAUCUCAGGAUGAACAGAGCCUCUCGGAACUUGGCAUUCAGGCGCACAGCACCACAACCAUGGAGCUGAUGUCAUCAGACCCCGACACUAACCUGCUGUUCACUAAUACGGAUUCAGAGUUGGAAGAUAUGACUCACGUCAUCAAUGUGAGCCUGAUAACUGAUGAUGGUGCUCAUCAGAACGUGCCAGAGGAGACUGAGCUCCCUUAUAUGCAGAAGCCCUUUUUGGGCGGCUACAGGCACAAGCUGACGGGCACCGAGUACCACCACGCCAGUGCUCAAACACCACGCAGAGCGAGACCCGGCCGAGGGGUCGAUAUAGUCAGCCGUGAUACUCAGACUGCUGAGCAGGUGCUUCAGGCGCAGCAGUGUCCAUCCAGCGUGACCACACAGAUGACAAGCGUGGGCUGCUACAUCUCUAACCUUACUGACAAGUUGCUUAGUCCGGGGCGCUACAUCACAGCAGAUGAGUAUCAUGAGGCCAGGCUCAAUGCUGUGAUUCGUCUGCAGGCGCACACACGGCGCUGGCUCAGCUGCCAAGCCGUGGACCGUCUGAGGCGACAACGUGACCGUCGUCUGGCCUGGUUAGAUCUACAGGAGCGCAGGAGGCACGAGGAAAGGGAGGAGCAACAGCAAGACUGCCACAACCGCUGGAUGCAACCGCGGAAGAGGGAGGACCUCAACCUACUCUACAACGCCCUAGAGAAGUGGAGGAUCGACAAGGAGCGUCAGAUCAACCAGACGAUGCGAGGGGCUGAGAGGAAAGUGGCCCUAUGUUCGCUCCUCGAGCAGGAGACUCAGUACAUCGCCACCAUUGGACGCCACGGCAUUGCCAUAUGGAACAACAAUUACAACAAAACUGUCAGGAAGUUCCUGGACAAGUCAUCGGCACCUCAUCAGUGGCGGGGGGCGGACGGUCGGAUGAUAGAGAUGGACACACCCAACACCAUCCGAGCCAGAGAGCUGGGCGAUCUGUACGACUGUGUGGCCAUGUCGCCAGUCAGCCAGGAACAGAGGCUUGGCAUCCUACAGUGCCUCAAACAAACAGUGGAGGUGUAUCCAUGCCAACUGACUCAGGACAUCGUGGAGCUGAUCUCCAGGGAGGAGGACCUGAUGAAACGGCAGGUGAAGGUGUCCAACCUGGAAGGUCUGAGAAAGAGACUGUCCACCCUUUUCCUGCAGUUCAUUCGCACGCCAGGAUUCAAUCCAGAAGUGGCCAAGCACCUCAAGGUACCCCAGAGCACCUCACAGCUGAAGAACGACGUGUUCCUCUGCCACAGCUGUCAGCGCUACCUCGGCUCGACCCACUUCCGCUCCUGCACUCGGAGUCACUUGAGCCGCCGCUGUCAGGAUUGUGCGCGGCUGAAGAAUAUAGCUGGGAAUCGAGACGACUUCUCCUGUUACAAGAACAUGCUGAAGAGGUUGAGGGAUGGCGAGCUGCACCUCAACAAGGACAACACUAUUCCCUUCAUCCUGCAGGUGGAGGACAUUCAGCACCUGGUGGAGGUGAUCUGGGGGGCCCGCUCGGCCCUGAGUGGUAACAGUGAUUUGUUCAGCCUGGUUCUGGUCCGCUGGGAACGGGAUAAGGAUUGGAGCCCCUGGAACUGCGUCCUGCUCUGUACAGACGAGACAGACGCUCACCUCCAGGUGGAGGACAUAUACAAGGUGUAUGACAUUCCUGUGAUCAGCAGCAUUGAACACAAACACCUGUUGGCCCGCCGCUACUAUAAUCAGAUUCCCACCAUGGUAACGCAAUCGGCCAAAGCGGCCCUCAUCAAACGUGGAACGCGUAGGAUCCCAUAAAAGCAUAAGAGCUCGGAGGCGCUAGACUGGCAAGUUAGCCUGACUUUCGUCAUGCACUGAACAAGAUACAUUGAAAGUCCGCCUAGUCUUCUGUGGUUUCAAUAGGCUUUCUACUCCGGUCCAAUUUCAACCGGUGAAUCACAGGACGCGAGACGGCACUUUGUGAUGCGUCAUUAAGGGGAGUGACAGCGAAUCUUAUUUACAUUCCUAGGUUUUUUUUUUUUUUUUUUUUUAAACCUGUCCUGUUCAGCUGCUUGACACAGACAAUGGAGAUCUGAGUGUCCGAUUGAUCUGAACAGUUUUAAUGUAUCACAUUGGAGUAUGACAUACAUCCAUUGUGAUCAUUCAACGUACCCUGUUAAUUAGGAGAAGGCAGCGAACAGGAACGGGUUAUGGGGGAACAAAGGAAAAGAGGGCGAGAGAAACAGAAAAAGCACAAACAACAAGAAGAAAUACAUUAAAUGCCUACUGUAACUAUGAAUAUGUUGGAGCUAUC